UAAGAAAAAUUAUUUAUUUGUAGGUUUUCGACUGGUGAAUUCUAUUAUAUUGUGUAUAGUUUAUGACUACAUUAAACAUUGAAUUGACAACAAUAAUUGAAACAGUGUGUGGUGCCAAAAAGGCAUUUUUUAUAUUUCUACAACUGUGACAAGUGAAUUUGGGUUUUGCUCGACGUAACUUAAUGUGUAUUAAAUUUGGCUGUGAUAAAAGCAGGCUGCCUAUUAUGCAAACCAAUUUUUUCAUUAAAAUAUUAAGAGCACAGGGUUAGAGGAUACAUAUUUUUUGACCUAAUAACAAGCACCGAUAGUACGCUAUUAUUAUUUCAAGUGCUACUGACAAUGAGUGAAAAUUGACAAGCAGCUUUUUUGUUCGUUGUUUUUCAAGCCUGAAUUUUUCCAUUCAAAAGGAGAAAAUAAGACGUUAUAAGGUUUGCAUCUUGGCUGUGGUUGACGCAGAAACUCCUAUUGUGUACCGAUAAAAAUGAGCCAUCAUACAAAUCCCGCAUUUUUACCUGACGAUAGUGGAGUUAAAAGGACUACAACCACAAAUGGAUUCAGUGACGAUAAAAAUCAUUUUUCAAAUUCUCAUCAGAUCGAAAUGAAAAAUUUUAACAAAGCCAAGGAAGCCUUAAAUGAUUAUGACCCCUUUCUUCAUCGACAAGUUGAUCAUCCCACAACAAAUUCGGAAACAUUGCUCCAUUUUCUGAAAGGCUGCCUGGGUACGGGAAUCUUAGCGAUGCCAAAAGCGUUCUACCACUCAGGGUAUUUAGUAGGUAUAAUUGCAACAGUUCUCAUCGGGGGAAUUUGUACAUACUGCAUUCACAUGCUAAUUAGAGCAGAAUAUGAACUUUGCAAAAGACGAAAGGUGCCCAGCUUGACAUACCACGAGGUUGCCGAAAUAGCAUUCCUAGAAGGCCCUCCAAAGGUCCAGAAGUAUUCAAUAUACGCCAAACAUGCUGUAAAUAUAUUCCUGUUAAUUUACCAGCUCGGGAUAUGCUGUGUUUACGUGGUUUUUAUUGGAACUAAUGUGAAAAGCGUAUGCGAUACCUAUUUUCCUGAAAUGAGCGUGUCGAUUUACAUGCUCAUGUUUCUGUUGCCCUUGAUAUUAAUUAACUGGGUGAGAAAUUUGAAACGAUUGGCGCCUUUCUGUACUGCUGCGAAUGUAAUCACGCUAAUUGGAUACGCUAUAAUUUUUUACUACAUCAUUAGGAAUAAACCUAGUUUCGACAAUAGGUCACCUACUGGACAAUACGAUCAUUUUCCUCUAUUUUUUGGUACCGUUUUGUUCUCCCUGGAAGCUAUAGGAGUUAUAAUGCCAUUAGAAAAUGAGAUGAAAUCUCCUAAAAAUUUUGCAAGACCAUUUGGAGUACUAAAUAUUGGUAUGGGAUUGGUGGUUAGUAUCUAUUUGAUCAUGGGCUUACUAGGCUACUUAAGUUAUGGUGCUGACGUUGAACCGGCCAUUACCCUAAAUUUACCACCUGAUGACAUAUUGGCGCAAGUAGUAAAAGUAUCGUUGGCUUUAUCGAUUUAUGUAACACAUGCUCUGCAAUGCUACGUUGCUGUCGAUAUUACAUGGAGGGAAUAUAUUGGUCCAAAAUUGGAAAAAAGUAGCAGAGCAAUGUUAUGGGAAUAUGUGCUACGAACUGCUUUAGUAGUUAUCACAUUUUUAAUGGCUGUGGCAGUGCCGAAAUUAGACUUAUUCAUUUCCCUCUUCGGUGCUUUCUGCCUUUCAGCAGCGGGACUAGCAAUACCCGCUGCAGUAGACAGUUUUACAUUCUGGUACAGCAGGGAAGGAACAGUUUUUUAUUUGACGCUCACAAAGAAUAUUCUUUUGGUUUUGUUCGGUAUAGCGGGACUGAUUGCGGGAACUUAUACAAGUCUUAAGGAAAUUAUAGAGCAAUUAUUAUAAUUUUUAUCGACAUAUAUACCCAGAAAUGUACAGGUUUUUUAAGGACUUCUGUUGCUGUUGCAUAUUAAGUAUUAAAAAAGUAUUGUGGUUUUAUAUUUUACUAUAACUAAUCGUAAGUUUGUAUAUUGUACUAUCAGAUAAAUAAUUUAUCGUUGUAAUUAUUACGAAGUA